UGUGUGCGUCGUUUCUAGUUAAAGAAAAUAACGGAAAUAGUAUAUGUCAGUGAAUUUUACAUUUAUCCGAACUUCUUUACGACAGGAAAGCAGCGAUAGAUUUUUUUUCACUUUCUAUUAUUGAACUACAAUCGUAAGGCAAAAGGUCGGAACCUACCGCUGUGCUUUUCUAUAAAGAAUGUUUGAACACUUGCAAUGGAAUUUUCCAGUAGAAUUUUAUACAUAUGUGUGUGUGUGUGCAUAACUUUUCAAAACGAGAAGAUAAUAUAUAACAUGUAGAUAUUUCUUAAAGGUUUUGAAUAAGCAGCAUUCUGCUCUUAUCGGCUUUCUCUCUUAUGAUUGUACGUUGAGAUUAGGUUCUUAUCGGGGUGUGUUUUUCCCCUCCCUUUCUUCUUUAGAAUGCUCUCUUGAAAAGGGCGUGCUAGGUAAGAAAACUAUGAACGGAAGUUAGUUGAAAGAAGAAUUUUUAUUGAUAAAUGUUUUUACCUUGAUUUUUAAUCUUCAACCGCAGUUUUUGUCUGAAAAUUUAUUAUCUUUACGGUUUUUAGGUCUAUUUUUUGCUAUGGCUUUGUUGAAACGUUCGUCACACACACACGUACACAACACGCCGCGCGCGCGCGCGCACAUCCCACACACUCACGAAUUUACUCAAAAAGAAACGGAAUUAUAUAAGGUUUAAGAAUUUUCUCGAACGUGUUCUAUUGUGUCGAGCGUAAAACUUUGGCGUUAACACAAUUUCAUGCACACGCAGAUGUCCUUUAUUUAAUUGAAUAACACAAUUGGCGCCGUGAAAAGUGAGAGUUCGGUGGACGCGCGAACUUCGAACGAGCGAGCGGCGGGGGUGGGGGACGAAACACGUCGUUCAAUUGGCCGAUCGCGUUGCGGUGCAGAGGGGCAUCGACCGGUCUCGGCGUCGGUCUGCCAUCGGACUCAUCGGACUGGCAGUUCACAGCGUUCAGUGCCACCAAUACACAAGAGCCGGGGACUGUCUAUCGCCGACCAUUGGUCCUCGAUUCACCGACCAAUCAUUGGGAAAGUGCCCACGAAAAUAUCCAAUUGACCGUGUAUCAUGGAGCAACUUAGCGAAGGACAAGCAGUUGUGGUUGGAAGUACAGGGGGAACUGUGCAAGUAGUUCAGAUGGGUCAGGGUGGUCAGACUAUGAUGCUACCACAAGCUAUACAAGUUGCUGCGCCUAAUGGACAAAUUCAAGUAGUUCCAGUUUCUAGUUUAGCCAGUACUGGUCAACAGAUAGUUAUUCAGCAGCCACAACAACCACAGAUUAUUCAGACACCUGAUGGACAAACUUAUAUCUAUCAACCUGUACAAUUGGAUGGUCAAGUUCAGCAAACUCAACCAACAGUGAUAAAUCUUAAUGGUAAUCUCAUGCAACUCGCUGGCACAACAUCGCAAAGUACAACUGCAGCACCUACCACAACACCAGUACAACCUUUGGGGAGUCCUUCAUCAACAGUAUCAGGAGGAGGAAAUGUUGUUAUGAUGGUUCCAGGCAACAGUGGACAAACACAAUUUCAAAGGGUAGCGUUGCCCAAUGCCGAACUUCUCGAGGAAGAACCACUGUACGUCAAUGCAAAGCAGUAUAGAAGAAUACUGAAGCGUCGUCAAGCACGUGCUAAAUUAGAAGCCGAAGGAAAAAUACCUAAGGAAAGACCCAAAUAUCUUCAUGAAUCUCGUCAUCGUCAUGCGAUGAACAGAAUUCGUGGAGAGGGUGGUCGUUUCCAUUCAGGGCAAGUAAAAAAGCGGAAGUAAAUGUUACUUUGUAUUUACAUAAUAUAAAUAUCUAUUGUAAAAAAAAAAAAAAAACACUUUAAGGGUGUCUCUCUUUCUGUCAUUCUGAUGAGUUUACUCAUAUAAAGGCGUAAUGAUUCCAGUAGUGAGAACUUUAUGAUAAUAACAUUGCAACUUUAGAUAACACCGAUAGAUGCAUAGAGACAAAAAGAGAGUUUUUAGAAAAUGAUUUAUCUUUGAACUUUCCGAUGAAAGGAGAUUCGAAUCACAUUUUAUUAUUUAUAGAAUUUAGUUUUCCGUUUUUUUUUUUUUUUUUUUUUUUUUUUUACAUUUAGGUGUAUUUCCAAUACACACAUUGUUUCUUCACUGUAGUCAAAUCAGAAAACUUUCGAUGAACUUUUGUCACAUAACUUACACCCAAGUAAAAUAAUUUUGUAUGUGCGCCACCUUACGGAGUCUUGUAAGAAUAAGUUUAUUAGUCUUACGAGUUUUGUCGACAAUUGCAGUAUUAAUUCGAUAAAAAUUUGUUCUUAAUAUUUUGCACACGCACUUAGCGAAAGACUUUUAUUAGCCUUAUUUCUUGCUGUUAGUUUAAUAAUAAAAGAGUCGUAUAUUAGUAUAUUAAGUAACAACAAUAAUAAAACCUAUUGAUAAGAAGUUUUGUAAUACUGAUCAAAAGAUUUAUAUAGAUAUAUGUAUAUCAUAAAGAGAAAGUCUUGUUGAAUGUAUUUAAUACUCUUGCAAUUACUGUACUACUUACAGAUCUACUAUCGAUAUUAAGUAGUAAUGUAUAAAAACCAUUUUCAGUAUAUAUUACAUGGAAAAAGAAUGUGAUUUUCUAGUAUUGUAAUUUACUACGGCGAUUACAGUGAAGAAACUUAACAAAAAAAUGUUGACAUAUUGCGCUGUAUGUGUAUAUAAAGCGUCUUUUUUUUUUGUUUUUCUUUUCUUUUUUUUUUUUUUUUUAGAAAUGUUAAUUCAAUACUUGAUACACAUAGAUAAGCAAUUCUCCUAAAAUUAUGUUUGUACAACUUCUGUAAUAUUACCGUAAAAUUAUUCUUUUGCUUCAAAUAUAUUGAAAUUCUUAUAUGUACAUGACAAGAAUGUUCUUAUACAUAUAUAUGUACAUAUAAAUAUGUAUGUAUAUAUAUGUGUAUAAGAACAUUCUUGUACAUAUAAAUAAGUAUGUAUAUAUAUAUAAGAACAUUCUUGUCAUGUACAUAUAAGAAUUUCAAUAUUUAUUUAUUUAUUCACAUCAGCCUUCCCGGCCAAGAACGGGACUUGAUUUAAGCUUUCUAAUAUCAUCCAUCCAUNCAUACCUUA